CCAAUUGCUUUAAGUGCCAUUUCCACAAAUUUUCUCCGUAUCUAAUUUGAACAUACACAACCAGGGAGGGAAGCCGGACUCCAGUUGAUCGACAAGCAGAUUUUUCCCUACGGACUGCAAUAAACAAGGGGGUGGAAAAUGAAGAUUGUUUUACUUUUCAGCCUUUUUUGCUUAUUUCUGCAACCCGGUGAGGCUCAGUUCCCUCGAGCGUGCUGCACCGUGGAGGGGAUUGUGUCCAAGCGCUGCUGCCCUGCUCUGGGCUCCGAUUCUGCAAACAUAUGCGGCACCCUGACGGGAAGAGGAAACUGCACUGCUGUCCGAGUCGACACCAAACCCUGGGGAGGUCCGUACAGGCUCAGGAAUGUCGAUGACCGGGAGAGAUGGCCCACCAAAUUUUUCAACCAGACUUGCAGGUGUAAUGGCAACUUUGCAGGCUAUAACUGCGGGCAGUGUAAAUUCGGCUGGACGGGACCAAACUGCGACCAGAGGAAAGCUGCCGUCAUCCGCAAGGACAUCCUGACGCUGAGCUCUGCAGAGCUCCAGGAAUUCCUGGAUGCCCUGCAACUGGCUAAAACCACCAUCCACCCAGAUUACAUGAUUGCCACUCAGCACUGGCUGGGCCUUCUGGGGCCAAAUGGAACCGAGCCCCAGUUUGCCAACAUCUCCAUUUACGAUUUCUUUGUGUGGCAACACUACUACUCUGUACGAGAUACUCUGCUUGGUCCCGGUCGGCCAUUCAAAGCCAUUGAUUUCUCACACAAAGGACCUGCAUUCAUCACCUGGCAUAGGUAUCACCUCCUCAGCUUGGAAAGAGACCUACAGAGGCUGACUGGCAAUGAGAACUUUGCAGUACCUUUCUGGAACUUUGCCACCGGGCAAAACGAUUGUGACGUGUGCACAGACGCUCUGCUGGGAGGCCGAGACCCCGACAACCCCUCCCUCAUCAGUAACCAGUCCAGAUUCUCGAAUUGGGGCGUGGUGUGUAACAGUUUGGAUGACUACAAUCGUCUGGUGACCCUUUGCAAUGGCACCAAUGAGGGCUUGAUUCAGAGAGGUGUGAUGAGAGGAGCUAACGCAACUAUGCCCACCAUGAGUGACGUUCGCAGCUGCCUGGGUAUCCGGGACUUUGACAGCCCUCCAUACUUCACCAACUCUUCCUUCAGCUUCAGAAACGCCCUGGAAGGGUAUGACAAGCCCGACGGCGAACUGGAUGAAACUGUCAACAAUCUCCACAACCUGGUCCACGCGUUGCUCAACGGAACCAGCUCUUUGCCCCACUCUGCAGCCAACGACCCCCUCUUCCUGGUUCUCCACGCUUUCACUGAUGCCAUUUUUGAUGAGUGGAUGAGGAGGUUUGUCCCUUCCAAUGCCACCUUCCCGGAUGAAAUGGCCCCCAUCGGUCAUAACCGAGACUACAACAUGGUUCCGUUCUUCCCUCCGAUCACAAAUGAAGAGAUCUACAUACCAUCAGAGCAGUUGGGCUAUUCCUACGCUGUUGACUUUGAAGACGCAGGAGGAUCAGCAGUGUUUGUGGUGGGAUCAACUCUUGGGGGAGUCUUCAUCGGGCUCCUGGCGCUCCUCCUCAUCUUUGUGCUCUACCUUCGCCAGCGCAGAAACACAGGCUUCGAACCCCUGAUAAAAGCGGACUUCACACACAGGAAGUACACGGACGAAGCAUAGAUCCCUCUCACUUUGCAGUAGCAGAAGGAAAUGAAACAUGAGAAACAUAUUAAUCGUGUAGAGCGGGGGUGGAGAACCUACGGUCCGGGGGCAUAUAAACAUCCAGCCUGAAAUCUAGAUCAAACUUGUCCAACACAAAAACUGAAAUGGUCCUUCACAAGGUUCUCCAUCCCUGUUGUCAAGUCACAUAUUUUGAAUGAGAAAAUUUCACAGUGCAACGCCAAAAGUAGUCACAUUAAGAAUAUUUACAAAAAUGUAUUCCACUGAUUUAAUACAAAUUGAUUUACUUUAGUGUGAAAUUUGGAUCUGUUAAGUUAUAGUACACAAAAUAUAGGUUUAUUGUGCCUUCUGCCAUCUAGUGGACAAACAAUUAAUUGUCACUACAUUAUCGGCAUAAAUUGAUGAACGGCGAUACAUUUAUUUGUAGUAAAUCCUUUUUACGACCUGAUGAGCUCUCGCGGCACACUUCAUCGUGAUAGGGAGUCACUGUUGUAGAAACAAUUAAAAUCAUAUAAUAAAUUAACACUUUAUAAUACUUGAAAUAAAAAUAAGAACUCACAUUAAAUUACGUCAUCUAUUUGGAAAGAAAUGAAUAAUUUUAUCAUUCCGGAGUCAUCACAAAUGAGAACCUAUAGGAAUGUUUUUACAAAUAUUUAUUCUUAAGAACAGUACAAAAACACUGAAUGCAAUCAUCCUCUUUAAUUAAUUGCAUUGUAAGGCAUAUUUGCUCAUCCGCUUGAAAUCAAAGUCAAGCUGAGUUCAUUUGAAUGUAACGUCAUAUAACAACAAUGCACUGAUGAGAAAUAAAAACAGUGACUUGAAGCA